GUGCAAAGUAGAAUUUUUUUCUUUUCAGUCCUGCUUCUAAAAAGUGAAACUCUACAGCUUCCAGGAGCUUUCCAGAAAGAUUACGGGGACCAAUCAAACCCAGAAGCCGAUUUGAAUUGAAAACUGAUCAAGAUGGCUCAAAAGAAAGGAGUUUUGAAGAAAAAAGUGGAGCAAGUGGAUGUGAAGAGCAAAGAAAAAGAGCCUUAUGAGUACACGUCUCUAGAUGGAAUAAUGCAGGAAAAAGCACUGCUUGCUGCAGAGGCACAAAUCUACAAGUUGAACAAAGAUGGCUUGCUAAACGAGCCAGUUCUUUUGCAGCUGAGCACACUUUUGCCAACGACACGUACGAAGGAGAGUACAAGGAGAAUGAUCGUCAUACCAAACCGAUUGCACACAGUAAAGAAAACAUCGAUUUUGCUUGUUACGAGAGACCCGGUGGACACCUUCAGGAUACCGUUGACAGAGAAAACAGCUGUAACGACGGAUUCAUUUACAGAAAUUGUUGGGUAUAAGAAAUUCAAAAGCAUGGUUGGAACGUCGAAAAAGGCAUUGAAAACUCAUCACGAAUUUGACUUGAUUGUAAUUGAUCAUAGGUUGUUCAAAUUUCUUCCGACGCUUCUUGAACCUACGAUUUUCUGCAAGUCAUCACAGAAUUUUCCGUUGAUGGUACAGAUGGCCAUGCCGUAUUCAGAAGCUAAACGGCCUCAUGCAAAAGACGAUCGUGUCGAACCAAAGUAUGUGCAAUCCCAAAUCAAGGCCUGGUGCAAAAACACGACUUUUGUUCCCUCUAUAGGGCCAUCUUUGUCGAUCGUUGUGGGACACCCCGGGAUGACAGGAAUACAGAUAGUGGAGAAUAUAGACGCUGUGCUAACGUUUUUAACAAACAAGAAAUUCGGCCCCAUUGGCGGAGUUAUCGAAGACGGAAUGAAUGGAGUAGUUGAUAUCCAUUUGCGUGCCAACGACAAGGCGGUUCCUAUUCUCAAAAGGUCAGAAAGAUCCUGAUAAUUCUCGCCGGGUCCUUAUGUAUAUUUAUAAAGCACUGUAUUACUUGAUUCUUCGACUUCCUUGCAAUUAC